CCCUGGCACAGCCAGCAGUGCUGGGGACCCUGGGGACCCCGCUCAGCCCCGGUGCGGGGUGGGCUCGGCUCCGGAGCCGGCAGCGAGGCAGUUAACGGAGCUUGUCAUCCAUCUCCCUCUUAGGGCUCCGCUCCCGAGCUGCAGCUUGAGUCAGUUGUGUGGAGGUGGCAGCGGCAGCAGCUCCGGCGGGCUCACCGGCACGGCGGGCACACCGGCACGGCGGGCACGCCCCGACCCAGCCCCUGCCGUGCCCCAGCCCGGGCCACCAGCACCCAGGGCCCCGCGGAGCCAUCGGGACUGGAACGGCCACCCCGCCUCGGAGGUGUCCCGGGACCCCUGUCCUGCCACCGGGGCCGUGCCCAGCACCGCGGGGCGCCGUGCCCCGGGCAUGACGGGCACCUACCCCGCUCCCUGACAGCGGCCGCCCCGCUCGCCCCCCAUGCCCUUCGCCCACGGGGCCGCCGGUGCCCCGCCGCGCCCGGCCGGCAUGGGCGACGUGCCCGAGCCGUGCCCGCAGGCCCCGCUGGCCGUGCUCUCCAAGGUGGAGCUGCGGGUCAGCUGUAAACACCUCCUGGACCGCGACACCCUCAACAAAUCGGACCCCUGUGUCCUGCUGCUGAUGCAGUCCCAGGGCCAGUGGAUGGAGGUGGAUCGCAGCGAGGUGAUCAAGAGCAACCUGAACCCCGUGUUCGCCAAGAUCUUCACGGUUGAUUACUACUUCGAGGAGGUGCAGAAGCUGCGCUUCGAGGUGUACGACAGCCACGGCCAGGCCGGCGUGGGCACGCACGACGACGACUUCCUGGGGGGCAUGGAGUGCACCGUGGGGCAGAUCGUGGCGCAGAAACGGGUGACGAAGCCGCUGUUCCUCAAGUACGGGAAGUUUGCGGGCAAGUCCACGAUCACGAUCAUCUCGGAGGAGAUCUCGGGGAACAACGGCUACGUGGAGCUCGCCUUCCGUGCCAAGAAACUGGACGACAAGGACUUGUUCAGCAAGUCAGAUCCCUUCCUGGAGAUCUACCGCAUCGACGACGACCGCAGUGAGCAGCUGGUGUACCGCACCGAGGUGGUGAAGAACAACCUCAGCCCCAUCUGGGAGCCCUUCAAAGUCUCCCUCAACUCACUCUGCAGCUGUGAGGAGAAGAGGAAGCUGAGGUGCGUGGUGUGGGACUACGACUCGCGGGGCAAGCACGACUUCAUCGGGGAGUUCUUCACCACCUUCGAGGAGAUGCAGAAGGCCAUGGGGGAGAACAAGGUGCAGUGGGACUGCAUGAACCCCAAGUACAAGAUCAAGAAGCGCAACUACAAGAAUUCAGGGGUCGUGGUGCUGCUGGACCUGAAGAUCCACAGGGUUUACUCCUUCCUGGAUUACAUCAUGGGUGGCUGUCAGAUCCAUUUCACGGUGGCCAUCGACUUCACGGCCUCCAACGGGGACCCCCGGAACAGCUGCUCCCUGCACUACAUCAACCCCUACCAGCCCAACGAGUACCUCAAGGCACUGGUGGCUGUGGGUGAAAUCUGCCAGGACUACGACAGCGAUAAGAAAUUCUCGGCUCUGGGCUUUGGUGCCAGGAUCCCCCCCAAGUAUGAGGUCUCCCACGACUUCGCCAUCAACUUCAACCCCGACAACGACGAGUGUGAGGGCAUCCAGGGCGUCGUGGAGUCCUACCAGAGCUGCCUGCCCAAAAUCCAGCUCUACGGCCCCACCAACGUGGCUCCCAUCAUCUCCAAGGUGGCUCGUGUGGCGGCCGACGAGGAGCGGACCAAGGAGGCCUCGCAAUACUUCAUCCUGCUGAUCCUGACCGACGGCGUGGUGACGGACAUGGCGGACACGCGGGAGGCCAUCGUCCGCGCCUCCUACCUGCCCAUGUCCAUCAUCAUCGUCGGCGUGGGCAACGCCGACUUCACGGACAUGCAGAUCCUGGACGGGGACGACGGUGUGCUGCGCUCCCCCAAGGGCGAGCCCGUCCUGCGCGACAUCGUCCAGUUCGUCCCCUUCCGCGAGUUCAAGAACGCGUCACCCACAGCCCUGGCCAAGUGCGUGCUGGCGGAGGUGCCCAAGCAGGUGGUGGAGUACUACAGCUACAAGGCCUUCCCCCCGCGCUGCCCCCGGCCGCCCACCCCCGACCCCAGCCUCGGCUCCCCGCAGUGAGGGAGCCCCCACCUCGGUUUUCCCUAGUGAGGGACCCCCGGCCCUGACUCCAGCCUCAGUUCCCCCUGUGAGACGCCCCCAGUGUCCCCCAGCUUUGGUUGCCCCAGUGAAGGUCCCCAGCCCCAGUCUAGCGUGCCCCAGUGAGACCCCCUCUGCCCCGGUGUGGCCUGGGGACACACGGGGUCCCUGCCAGGCCCUGCCCUGCCACAGCGCCCCGGCUGGGACAUGGGGAAAGUCCCGGCCCCCCAGUGCAGGACACCCCCAGCACUGCCUGUCCAGUCCUGUGGCCCAGACCCACCUCUGCUGUCCCCUCGGUCCCCGCUUCUCUGUCACUGUGAUCUUUGGAGGCUGCAUGAUCCCCCCAAUAAAGCACCACCCCUGUGCCCAUC